AUGAACGUACUUGGGGAGAAUGAUGGACUGGGCCCAUCAUUCGAAACAAAUGAAUUCUUCCCUGGGGUCAAUAUGCCACACCAGCCGACCCGUAUUGACAACCCUUUCAGGGGAGAUUUGAGUGACGACAAUGAGGACAUCGAUGACACUCCAAUGUCCGGCCGGGAGUAUCCUCUAGCCAGCAUGGCACGGGGUGUUCGCCGAUUUCCGAACCGGGCGGGUGUUUGGUAUGGGGAAAAUAGAUCGAGGUUGUCUAUUAAUCAACGAUUCCAAGAUAUCAUCGAGGAGUGUGAGAAUUUCUACAAACUCAAUCCGGGGUUUGAUGGAUCUAAACGGCAGACUGAUCACCUCUUCACCUUCAUUAAACGAGCCCUCCAGGCAAUCGGCCUAGAGAGGCAUCUCCCUCUUUUUGUGGCUCACGAGGAUGUUAACUUUGGAAGUAACGGUCUUUAUUCGCCUCGCUAUGUGUCUGCCACGUGGGAAGAUCUUCCUCAUGAACAGGAUCCUAGGAAUGACAAACCCUGCUACAACGAAGUCAGACGGGCGCUAGGAGGAGGCCCUCAACCCCAAACUUACGGAAAUCUUCGAGGCGGAGCCGCUCCGACCCCUUCUGAUACAGGCACUCCUUCAUAUAAGUCACUCAGGACUGAAACCCGUGAUUUAAAGAGGCGGAUUGGCGUUAGAUGGACGAGGCCGAGACAAAUGUGGGGAGAGGCUCGACUGCUUGCAAAAUUAGACAUACAGACCGUCCCCGAAAAGCUUGAAGAUCUAAAGACUAAGGGGCCUAUAAUGUUGCCAUCUUCGGCCAUAAGUGAAGAAUUACGCGCUAGGCUCUCGCGUGGACUAACCUAUGAGAUCAAUAAGCAGACCCCGCGGUACGAAGCUGCCAAAGAGUACGACACGAUCCCGACUCUCAAGGCCCUGUUAGCAGAAGUUGACGAUGACAUCGAUUCUAAGAGGGUAGAUUGGCAAACGUUUAUACAUGACUGGGUUCGGAAAGAGGGAGUGGGCAGGGGUCGGUAUAAAUUCCAGAGCCACGUGGAGGGGGAGGAACGACUCAUUGCAGCGAUAAUGGAGGCUUUCACCGUGAUGCUUUGCAGUAUCAUUCGGGUCCUCAUACAUAACAAGCUCCUAGAUCUCGGAGAAAUAAGAAUCAACGACCUGGUUUCUGCAGAGAUGGAAUUUGUAGAAUCCCUGAAGAGGCACGAGGAGUUAUGGAGGGAGUACGAUACAUUCCAUAUUUACUGGCUGCGCGUCAGUGCGACUGAAAGGGAUGCAAUCCUUACCCGUAUUCGUCUACGAUACGCGCUAGAAGGUUACUGGGGUGGGCUGAUCGGGGAAUAUAAAAACGCACUCUUACAACUCGAGGAGCAUGGCUUAGAGUCGUUCCCCGAGACAGUCGAGAAGGUUAAGAAAAGGCCACUCCAUAUCGAGGCAGAAGAAAAGCGGACUAGAUUCAAGCAGACGCACAAGCCCCAGGAAAACUCGCCCCUCCGUCAGGAAUUCGUUUUGCCAACAGAGGAGGAUUCGAUUUCGGAUGACCCAGAGUUGUUUAAGCUCCCAUCAGAAGACGAUGGCUCGCCCACCGAACCCUCAGAUCUAGGCGAAGCCGAACAAGCGUCGGAUACUCCCGACCCUGCUCCUUCGACUAAAACAAAGGGCAAUGCGGGAGUCCGCCGAAGUCUCAGCGUGCUCAACCGACUGCGCAGGGCAUACGCCGAGACUCUCCAAACUUAUAUCGACGCCAACGAAGAGCUCGACGCGGGCGACCCGGGGAACGUAGCGAGGAUAACAGCGAACAACCAGAACAUCAAGCUGCACAACCAGCUGAUUUGGAAUUUGGACACGGAGAUCGACAACCUGAGAAGCCGAAAGCCGGAAAAGAAUAUCGGUAGGAGUACCCAAAACGGUAUCGAGGUGCCGGCGCCGGCCCAUGAGCUUUACAAGCAUACCAAGAGGCUUGAAGGCCAAAAGGAUCUCCCUACCGAUAUUAAAAGCCUGGCACCCGGUAACUUGCCUGGCGACCACCCAGCGCCGACGAUCACCAGGGUCCUCGUGGGUGGUCCGGAGAACUUGGGCGAUGACCCUCUCACUCCGGAUGCCGCCGGUCAGACGACUGAGUCGGAGGUUCAGAAGACUGAUACUUUGAUUCCUCCUAAACCCCUGUUUGAUCCUCAGCCUCAACCUCAACCUCAACCUCAACCGCGGCCUCAACCACCACCUCAACCUCAACCUCGGCCUCAACCGCCUCCUCAACCUCAACCCCGGCCUCAGCCGCCACCUCAGCCUCAACAUAAGGUCCAGCCUCAACCUCAACCUCAGCCUCGACCUCGACCUUGGUUCCGGCCUCGACCCGGUCCCGGCCCCGUCUCUCCGACUCCUGUUCGGGAUCACAAUAAAGGUCAGUCUCAAGUUCUCCAACAGUACCGUGCUGGCUUCCCCGUCAUCAACUUGUCGGAAGAAGAAUCUGGGGCUGAGAGUCCCGACCCUCCCCACGCACCUGAGUCUCGUCACUCUCGCCCUAACCCGCCCAUCCGUCGCUUGAUCCAGGGCCGGCCGGGUCGUUCGGUUGUUGACAUAGCCGUGGAGGAGUCUACAGCGCCGCAUGGGCGUGUUAACUCUACCCGUCUAAUUCACUCUCGCCGAAACCCUCUCCGGGGCCCGAGGGCUAACCCGCUUCGAACAGCUUCGACUGUUGUCCCGCCUGUACAGCCGGUAGAGCCGCCAGUAAAGUUGGUGAAUCCAAAGCAAUUAGUGCAGCCAAAGCAAUUAGUACAGCCAAAGCAAGUAGUACAGCCAGUACAGCCGAAGACACAGACGCUAUCUCGUACUAGCGCUUGGGCCUGGAGUGAGCUGCCAACGAUGACCUUUGAGCAAUAUCUCGCAUCGCUGCCGGCGCGUCUCCAACGCGACCGGGCUGCUGCGAAGGCAAACUACGACCUUAUCACGAGUACCGUAGCAGGUAUCAAUAGCAGACAUAAUAAACCUGUAGAGCGUCCCUCUCACCUUGAGGACAUGUAUAAGGAGCAACAUGUCCAGCCCCAGCCCCAGCCCCAACCCCCUCAAGUUCAAACCCAGGUGCCGUCUCCGGUGUAUUCGAGUACCAGAAGGCCAGACUGGACCGAGGGCAGGGACACCCGCCAGUGGACUAUGAAUGAUCUUGCGAACAUGUCGUUCGAAGAUUAUUACACUUCGCUUCCGGUAGCAGGGAGAGCGGACCAGGGCACUGCUUAUAAGGACUUCGAAGCCAUUCAAAAAAGCAUAAGCGAUAUUGCCAAGACCAUGCAUCCCAAGGAAGUAACUCCAGCGCCUGAACCGCCAUUGAUACCAAUUGAUACCAGGUUUGCGCAGCAGGGCACAGAGAAAAAAUCCUUUCGUUGGUCCUCUUAUAAAACCGACUCUCCAAAGAAGGUCACCCCUCACACCAAGGGAGCAACCGACUCCAAAGUGAAAAAGUUGACCAGCCCAAAGAAGCCCUCGAAACUGCCUCUAAACCAUCCCAGAUAUUGGGACUGGAGUGACUGGGGCAAUGUCGUAGACCAGCGGUACGAGAAAUAUCUAGAAGCGCUCACCGAAGAGGAGAAAAAUCAGUGGGAGAAGUCGGAGCAAGACUUCUACGACUUCAGACGAAACGCGUUGAAUAAGGCGACGCAGCAGCACAACGCUGCCGCCGCCAAAAAAAGAGGUAAUACCAUGUUCGCCCCUAUUCUUGAUCCUAGCGAUAGCCAACUGAUUCUAGCUGCUACCCACCAGGUAAUUAAAAACGUCACUCAGGACCCCAUCGAUGACGCCGGUCCAUCUACAUAUACCGGCCCAAUAGCCUACGCAGCUCUCCCACCCCGUGACAAUAAUAGGCGUAGGCGUAUAGAAAACCGGCGGCAGCAGCAGCAGCAGCAACAACAACAACAACAGGAAUCGACCACACAAAAGCAAGGGGGAAACCGGCAGCAGCAGCCACAGAAAUCGACCACACGAAGGCAAGGGGGAAACCGGCGCAACGUCAUACCUAGCGACAAUGCUGUCCAACCUCCCGGGCCCAACCCACAGCAGGGUCCUUCUACCAAGAACGAGUCUAUUAAGCCUCCUUUGCCCCCCUUGUACGACAAGGUACCCAGAGGUAGGGUAACUAGGAUACACACAGGACGUGAAAGAAAUUGGAAAACCCGGAGGCACCAGCCUGCCUACGUGCCUCCCCCUCCGGGUCCCUCGGUGCUGGGUCCAAAGUUAGGCGACGGGGGUCUGUUCGGAGUAAACCCGUCUAAUGACCUGUUCAGACCUAUCUCGCCCAACAUAUACGGCUCUACCCCGCAACCACCGCUGGAGUCGCAGCAGGAACGGCACAACAUCAUCCCCAAGGGCGAUACCCUGCCACCUGUCUCGGGUCUUAAGAUCACACCGGACAGCAAAGGGGACACAGAAGACGCACCCACGCCUGCUCCUGCUCCUGCUCCUGCUCCUGUACCUGCACCGGCACCCGCACCAGCACCCAGGCCUGGACUUAGACCUAGACGAAGGCCAAAACCAAUACCAAAUCCCGUACCUGUGCCUGUACCGACACCCGCACCCGCACCCGCGCCUGUGCCCAGACCUAAUCCUAGACCUAGACCUGGACCAAGGCCAAAACCAAUACCAAAACCCGUACCUGUGCCUGUACCGACACCCACGCCUUCUCCUGCUCCUGCUCCUGUACCUGCACCGGCACCUGUGCCCAGACCUAAUCCUAGACCUAAACGAACACCGGCACCCAGGCCAAAACCAACACCAACACCCGUACCUGUACCUGUACCGACACCGGUACCCGCACCGGUACCCGCGCCUGCGCCUGUACCUGUUCCUGUACCCACGCCUGUUCCAGUUCCGGUACCUGCACCUGCACCUGCUCCCGCUCCCGCUCCUGCACCGGCACCGACACCGACACCUGCGCCUAGACCCGAACCUACGCCUAAACCUGAACCUAGACCAACACCAAGGCCAACACCAAGGCCAACACCAACACCCGUACCUGUACCUUCACCUGUACCGACACCCGCGCCCGCACCUGCGCCUACGCCUAAACCUGAACCUACGCCUAAACCCGAACCUAGACCACCCCCACCCCCAACCCCCAGUGCCUGGCCCGACCCCCUGCCCUACCCCAAGCCCGUCCUGCAACCCGGAACCGUGCCCAAGCCCACGAGCCCCCAGAAGCAGUCGGCAGAUGACCCCGAAGCCGAAAACGCAGCCAAAUCCGGAUCCGGAUCCGGAUCCGCGGUCGCCAAGCUCCCGCCCGACACGGUAAUCCCGAACAGCGACGGCUGGCCGGACCUCAAGUACCUGAUGAGGGCGCACCGGACGGCGGCGCUCGCGGCGCAGACGAUAACCCAGCGCAGGGCCCCGUUGGCCGUGGUGAAGAGGGAGGCUAUCCAGGGGUAUCCCAGGCCUACGUUUAGGAGUGCUGACAGCCGUGAGGUUGUGAUAUGAUUGUGGGGAACCCCCAUUGGGAUAGGGAUUAGGGGUAUAGGUUUUAAGGAGGGGGGAGGGAGGGUUCGACAAUGUUUAAAGGGGUUGGUGGUUGAUGUUUAGGGAGGUGGAUGGAUGGAUGGAUGGAUGGAUGGGUGGAUGCGACUUGUGUGGGUAGACUCAAGAUAAGACACAUAGGCACUUGCCGGAAGACAACAUGAUGGAUGGAUAGAUAGAUGGAAAGACGGAAUAUCGAUGGGGACCUGAAUGACGUAUAACUAGAUGAACAACAAGAGGAGGAAUUUUGGAAUAGAGUUAGGAAGAAGAUUGUACGAUGGAGAAAUUGGAUAGUUAGACUUGUGCAAAGGGGGGCACUUACACAUCUACACAGUAGAGCUUUCUUAUUUCCUUUGUAGAAUAAAUCAUCUCUAGUAUUCCUAUUCGUCAACACCGAAUCGUCUUGUCCCAUCCCAUUCACUGCAGUGAAAAAACGUGCCAGUAGGCUGAACAGGAAUAUAUCCUAGUAUGAUUGAUUAUAUGGAUAUCUUCUCUGCAUCUAUUCUCAUGAGAGACUAGAAUACGCCGCCUAGUUAAUCAUUAAUCCGAAAUCUGCU